AACUCCCAACAUGCACCGCGUCGCAGGAGCUUCCCAGCUGCUAGCCGCUGAUAGCCCCUCCUAGGAUGCCGUUAUGUCAGACUUGGUUAUUGACACAUAAGUUACAAUUGUAAUGAAAGUAGCCACAUAGGCUUUACAGGAACUGCAACGUUUCCUAGCAUGGGGGGAGACAAGGCACCGAGAGCAUCCAGGACCCUGGACCUUUUCCAGCAUCAGGGAGCUUUGCAGCUGCUGGGCUUCAACUUUUUACUCAUCCUGACUAUCCUGACUAUCUGGCUGUUCAAGAACCGUCGCUUUAGGUUUCUUCACGAAACUGGAGGGGCCAUGGUGUAUGGUUUGGUAAUGGGACUAAUAAUACGCUAUGCUACAAAAUCAUAUGAACUGGAGAGCGGAGCUGUUUAUGACUGCGAGAGCCUGAAGAGCAGUCCUGUUGUGCUGCUUAUUAAUAUCACAGACCAUGUUUACCAGUAUGAGUACCGGGGGGAAGUCAGCAAGCACAACGUUCACAACGACCAGGGAAAUGCCAUGCUACAAAAGAUGACCUUUGACCCAGAGGUUUUCUUUAAUGUACUUCUGCCCCCGAUAAUCUUUCAUGCUGGAUACAGUCUGAAAAAGAGACACUUCUUUCGCAACUUGGGAACCAUAUUAACGUAUGCCUUUCUGGGAACUGCCAUUUCUUGCAUUGUAAUCGGGUUGAUAAUGUAUGGCUUUGUUAAAGCCAUGAUACAGCUGGGACAAAUUCAGACUGGUGACUUUCACUUCACUGACUGUUUGUUUUUUGGCUCUUUGAUGUCUGCAACAGAUCCAGUGACGGUGCUGGCUAUUUUCCAUGAACUACAUGUGGAUACUGAUCUGUACACCUUGCUCUUUGGAGAAAGUGUCCUCAAUGAUGCUGUCGCCAUUGUCCUCACAUACUCUAUAUCCAUUUACAGCCCAAAGGAGAACCCACAUGCCUUUGAUGCCGCUACAUUCUUCCAGUGUGUCGGGAAUUUCCUGGGAAUAUUUGCUGGUUCCUUUGCUAUUGGAUCAGCUUAUGCUGUCGUUACAGCUCUAUUGACAAAAUUCACUAAGUUGUGCGAGUUCCCUAUGUUGGAGAUGGGACUGUUUUUCCUGUUGUCAUGGAGCGCCUUCCUAUCUGCAGAAGCAGCUGGACUCACAGGUAUUGUUGCUGUUCUGUUUUGUGGAGUCACACAAGCCCAUUACACCUACAACAAUCUGUCUGAAGAGUCAAAACUGAGAACUAAGCAGCUGUUUGAAUUCAUGAAUUUUCUGGCAGAGAACUUCAUUUUCUGUUACAUGGGACUGGCGCUGUUUACCUUCCAGAAUCACAUCUUUAAUGCCCUCUUUAUAUUCGGAGCAUUUAUAUCGAUUUUUGUAGCAAGAGCUUGUAACAUAUAUCCCCUUACAUUUUUCUUGAACUUGGGCAGAAAAAAAAGGAUUCCCUGGAACUUUCAGCACAUGAUGAUGUUUUCAGGUUUGCGUGGAGCGAUAGCAUUUGCUUUAGCAAUACGCGACACAGACUCUCAGCCUAAACAGAUGAUGUUUACCACAACGUUGUUGGUUGUCUUCUUCACAGUGUGGGUUUUUGGUGGGGGUACAACACCAAUGCUCACGUGGCUCAAAAUCAGAGUUGGUGUGGACCCAGACCAGGACUUGAAAGAUCGCCCUGCAAAUCAAAGGAUGGAAAAUCAGAAUGAAAGUUCUACAAAGGCAGAGAGUGCCCAUCUGUUCAGGAUAUGGUAUGGCUUUGAUCACAAAUACCUGAAGCCUAUACUAACUCACAGUGGACCUCCGCUCACAAGCACAUUGCCCCAGUGGUGCAAUCCCAUUGCCCGAGUGCUGACCAGUCCGAGAGCCUAUGCAGAAGGAGCGAGAGAUGAUGAUAUGGACUGUAUUGUGAGCCAUGAUGAACUGACAGCAGCUUUUGAAGAUACAACAUCAGCUUCCAAUCUGCCCCCCAGUCUACACCUGAGAACAGAGGACAGAGAUCCUGUACAAAGAGAUGGUGGAGAUAAUGUACAAGAUGGAGAUCUUGGAUUGGGGGGAUAUGAUUUUUCACUUGACAGACCACCACAUCAGCCUCAGAUUGAUUCUCCAGGAGGGAACAUAUAGAUGUAAUUGCUUUUUUAUGAGAACUGGUGUUUUUUUCUAUUCAGAUAAACUUCCUUUUGGGUAAAUGAACUAAAUAUAUUAACGUGCACCUAUUGACUAAACGCAGUGCCAGCAGCCAUUUGUAAGUCUGAAAAGAUAUUCAUGAGAAUGCAAUGUAUCCAUUCACUUGAAACCAGUGAUGCCUCAGUUAUGUCACUGGCUCUCAGGUUAAUGCAUAGCCUGCGUGCAUUUGAACACUGGUUUAACACACAAAAUCACUGAGUCUCAGUAAUAUUGGUAGCUCCAGAUUGGAUAGAUCACAUUCCCAGGAACAGUGGUUCAUUUCACAAAACGGUUGCCUGGUAUAAGACCCUAUUCAUCAUUAGGGGCUGAGUGGCCCCCGAUAAUUAAGUAUUUAACUUGCUGUGAGUUGUGGCAGUGGAUACUUAACUAUCAGAGCAAUUCAGUAUUGCUCUGCUGCAGAGACCGCUGCUUCAAAAAGCAGCUGCCUCCGCAAUUUCUAACACAGCCACUGAUGUAGCAGUGACACUUACCUGCUGAUCCUGCAGAAUGCGCAUGCAUGAAUACAGUGCAUUUGCGAUGGAGGGAUCUGCUUGGAUCCUUCUUCACAAACUCGGACCUCCAUCCUAUUGGAUGGAACAGGGCUCCAGCAUCCAAUACCAUGUGGAUACUAGUGUUUCCGCAUGUGCAAUGGUCCUGUAAAGGAUAAUGAAAGCUUUUUAUAACAUGCUAGGUAAACUGAUUGGCUGCUACAGCCACCUUCUCCACUUUUCUACCACUCCACCGAUUAGAAGGUUUGAUACAUCUCUCCUAAUGAAUAAAAUAUGCUAGAUUCUCAUAAACUUUGGCUCAGCAGACAAAAUUACUGAAUCUGCUAUGUCCAUUAGUGAUGUCACUGGCUCAUAAGAAUGGAUAAGUUCCAGUUGCUUCAUCUGACAAAACGGCUGCUUCCACUGCAUCUAGGAGAAAGGGGCGCUCUAAUAGUACAAUGUUGUACAAUACAUGGAUCAUUAGAGAAGAAAUGUAAAACCUAACUUCAUUAGUGUGUAAUUCAUUAGUGUAAGGAACAGUAAGGGAGAAACUUGCUCUUUAUCCAUCUCAUAUAUUCCAUUUUUCAUUGUAAAAGGACCGAAAUUAAAAAUAACAAUUGUGUUUACAUCAUAGUACGUUCAAAAUCAGGGAUGUAAUAUAAACAUUUUAUAGGGCUACAUUUACCUUUAAGCCACAUUUACCCCAGCCUGUAUACUAUUCAGUUGUGCUUCCAGUAAUAACCCUGCUGUGCCUGUGACCUGAGUAGAGUCUCUGCUGUGCUUGUAAUACUGGAUAAUAAGAGAUGCAACUGCUGCACUACAAGCAUUUGCUCACUGAAAUAUGCGCAUGUCACCUCUCCAUUACAACCUCCUUACCACAAUUAACAUCCCUUAAAGCACAACUGAACUUAUAUUAGGAAACCCUAUGUUUAGCCAAAGUAAAUGUCACAGACCAGUAAACCCGACCUUUACUCAUGGCCUGCUUCCUGGAUCCCCUGGUCUGCUUCCCAGAUCCCAUAGCCUGCUUCCUGGAUCCCAUGCGGUGCUGGCUGGCAAAAUUUAACCUGGGGGGGAGGGGCAUGCACAAAGUACUGGCUCAUGAGUGGCAGCCCAUGUUUAACCACUUGCCUGGCAUAAACGUAUGAGAUAUGACCACGGUCAAGAGUGCUUUACCUGACCAGGUUGUAUCACAUAUGCCCGGCACACCCCGCUGCGUCCCUCAUCUGUUAUGGAGGAACGGAUUUACUCCUGCUAUUGCCGCCCCCUGGUUGGACUUACCAAGCUCCAGAAUGCUUUGCCACGGCAGCUGCCGCGACAUGAAGAUGGCCUGAUACUCUCUCAUAGAGUUCAUGGUAAUUAUCACUUUGCUUCUAGGAAUUCUCCGGGUUAGAGCUUAUUUAGGCAGCUAUGUCCCAGCGCCCCAACUUUGUUAAAUACAAACGGUCAUUUUUAUGGACACAUUGCGAGUUAGGGUGAAUUUUUCAUGCCACAGCCACAUUUUAUAUGUGGUUAUUGGUAAAUAUGCCCAUUAAUGUUAACGUUAAAGGCAUGUCAACCAUAGCUUUUAGUGAUCUCUGCAUCACUGUACACUUUGCAUGCAGCAACAAAUUAUUAUAAACCAUUAAUAUAUAAAACAAAUGCAAUAUUGCCUAUAAAAUACUAGAUUUCUGCUUUUUAAACAAUAUAAUAUGAUUUCCAACCUAGUAAUUGCAAGAGGUGUAUAUAUUACAUUGUGUAAUAUUGUUUUGCGAACAAGAGAAAGACAGGACUACUGUACGACACAAAAUAAUUGCGUAAUAAUUUACUCAUUUGAUGUGUCCUAUAAAGUAAACUUGUCCAAGCUUUACAGGAUGGUAGGAAGGGCUGUUACACAUAUUAUACUCAGAGUGCUCUUGCCAAUUUACUUUCCAUCAUUCUCUGUGUCGCUUAGGGAAACGAGGUAGGAGGGGCUGUAUGGAUAGCAGAUUGUAGAAACUUUUUAUAUGAACAGAGCUGGCAGAAUGUGCCUUUCAGUUGGCAGUCACUUCUGCUUCUCCUCAGUCAGGGCAUGUAUUUUAAAUAUGCCAACCGCUUUAGUAACCAUAAAACUCCUUAUACAUGCUGAAAAAAAUUAUGUUAAAGCAAAACCGGAGCAAAGUAACAUAUAUGUAACAUAUUGGUACAACUAUCAGAAUGGAAGAUGUUUUUUAUAGCUAUUAUUUGUUAUAUAUUGUGAAGCAGUGGCGGGUAUGCUGGCCACAGAGUGGUGUUGGUGACCUGGACGUUCUACAAAACGGAGGUGUGUUCCCGUUAGUAGGUGUGCUGUGCCCAGGGUCUAUGUUGUCGGACACAGGCAUCUUAGACCCAGCUGUCCGGAUCCUACAGCCAGUCUGAGUAAGCUUCGGAUUGCGCAGACUGACCAUGAUCUGAAUCACGACCGAUGUCCGCAAAGGUGAUGUGAUGCUGUUUCCUAAGACGUAGCACUCAGAUGUCGUAGAUGAGUGCAGGAGGAGUUUGUCUCCUACAGAUGCCUCUGGCUGCAUUUGCAUUUUAGCUGUACGGUAUUGCACAGUCUCUUCCCUGCACUUCCCUGUGGCUGUGCAAUACCUUACAAGUCGGAAUCAGGCCCUAUGUCAGAUAACAUAGUAUUCAUUUUAUAAAAUCGCUCAGUGUGUGCCCAUUGACUGGCCGCACACAUAUGUGCCUGCAUCAUACUUGCCUACAUUGUGGAGGAGGUGGUACGUUGGUGUGGAGAAGGCGGCAUGGUGACAUGAUAGCUUUACAAUGCCCACAUUACCGGCAUUGUAAAGUGGGGGCAGGGCUACGAUGAUGCAAUUUAACAUGAAUCGCGUCAUCACCCUGCCCCCUUCUGUGUGAUAGGAUGCCGCGGUGACCUGUAUGUGCCGUGAGCGGUGGGGUGAGGCAGGGUGGUGAGCGCCAUGCGGGAGUACCACAUGAUUUUUGGGAGCCUCCAGACCUUUCCGGGAGAGAAGACAAGAAUGGCCUACAUAGAUUUGUAUGUUUCUGCCACUUACGCCUGAUUGUGUCUGCAGAGGUGCGACAGGUGAAGGAAUGGUAUGUCUAUAGUUGGCCGAGCACAGUGAGGCAUAUUCAUGCAAUUGCAAACAACUACACACCUGUACAUAGACACAUAUAUGUCUGUGAAAGCUGAAUGAUAUACAGGUGGUCAACUGGUGGUGGUCCACUUCAGGUGCAAAUAGAGAACAAUAAUUGCCAGCACUAGUGAGCUACUUGUGAUUGUCUGAUAGUGAUUUAUUGGUGCUUGUGUGCAUAUAAAGCUAUUAAGUGUAUGCUUUACAUACAAGAGAGAGGGAGUUUUAUCUGAUGUAUUAGAGACAUUUUUUCUUAAAUAACCUAUUAGUGAAUGUGUAUAUUACAAACAAAUAAAUGAUGAAAAGCAGGGGUGUAAGUAUAUGUAACAUUGACCUGGCUCAUAGGCUGCUGGUGCAGACCCGCACCCAUCUUCUGAUCCCUUAAUGAUCUUUCCCUGGUCAAUGUUUUCUGUACUGUCUUCCAAACAUGCCUUAAGUGUUAUUACCCUCUCUAUUGCAGGACACUUGAUCUGGCCAGUAUUUAUACAGUACUGUAUCUUACAGCAAUUACAGUAGGAUAUAUAAAGACGUACAUAUUUUUAGGGACCGUUAGUAUAGCAAACAUGAAAGAAUAAAAUCUGUUAUUUAAAUGAAUAGUCUCAAAAUCUAUAAGUACUGCAUAUUAUUGAAUGUAACCUCUUCAUCUCAAAGCAAUAUUAUAUAUGAAUGUAAAAACUCCCAAAUCUAUAUCUAUGUCAAAUACCCCACCUCAGAAUCAACAAUUAAUGUAUAUUAAUUAUUGUAUCAAUCACAAUUAAUAUAAAUUGCACUAAAUGAAUGUAAAACAUAGCAAAUAAAUAUAUUCCCCAUUUGCUAAUGCUUGUUUGUGCUCUGUGUAUCUUAUUCUGCACUGUUGCCUAUUGUCCUGCGUGCAGAGCAGAAUUUGUGGUCUCUAUAGUGUGGCACCCAAAGCAGUCUAUGUCCUAGUAAUCAAGGACUAUUGUGAAAUAUGUCCCUGAACUAUUCAGGUGAGUCCCCAUGCUAGUGACACGUGUUCCUGUCCUUCUAGAGAAUUACUUCAUGUAUGAUUGCUUAACAGCACUAAGACUUACCCAGAAAAAAGGGAAUGCAGGUGCACUCUACAAACAUUACUAAUCAGUAUUGUAAUACAUUUUGCAAUUUAACAGUAAGUAAAAGUGAGGUUCUUUGCAUAUUUUGGCUAAAAGUAUAGGCCUAUCCACUGCGUUUAGGUAACCUCAUCAUCGGAUAGGCCCUAACAUUCUAAAACAUAUCUGGCCAACCUGUGGCUCUCCAGCUGUUAUGAAACUACAAGUCCCAGCAUGCUCUGCCACAGCUUUGCUAUUAGGAAAUACUAAACCUGUGGCAGGGCAUGCUGGGAUGUGUAGUUUCACAACAGCUGGAGGGCCACAGGUUAGCCAGGCCUUUUCUAAAUGUUCAAGUACAGUGAAUAAAUGUGUUAAAAAUGAUACAUUGAUAAAAAAAACAAAUAGCCCUAUGGUGCUUUUUUAAGUGCAUAAAUAAGUGUUACAUGAUGGUGCCCUAAAGCAGCCCAGCCACAUUAAUUCAUUUAAGACCUAGCGGCAUCUUAAGUACCGGUAUGUGUCAUAUGCUAAGGGAACAAUGGAUGGCUGUUAUAGGCAGAGGACCUGUUUAGUGUAACUUUAGGGGGUCUUAUACAGUUGUCCGUGUCUUUCAUAAUAUUAUCACCAGCCAAUACUGGAGUGUAUCUGCAUCCAGAUGGAGCCUACCCCACAAUGUCAUGUCCAGGUAAAUCAUAUUCAAAUGGUACUUAUCUGUAUGCUUAAAAGCACAAGAGUAUAGCCUUAGGUCAGCUCCACCACUCCAGGUGACUAUAAAUUAACCAAAGAUGAACCUCCCUUAUUCUUUUCUGGUGACCAUAAGGAUUUUUUCAACUUCAUGUUGGGGCCAAAACAUUGAUGAACUGUGUCUUGGCAAGUAUUGGAAAAAAAAACAACUUACUGAUUUCAUAUGCUUGGCGAGUGCACCCCCUUUUUUGUACAUACUACAGUGUGUAUACAGUGCAUCCGGAAAGUAUUCACAGCGCUUCACUCUUUGUACAUUUUGCUAUGUUAUAGCGGUAUCUGGACACCAAAAAGGUCGAAACACCUUAGGUUGAUACCAAUUGGUCGACACACCUUAGGUCAAC